AUGGGGGUCAGCAUGGUGGAUGCGCUGUCCACGCUGAAGGUCAUGGGCCUGCACAAGGAGUUUGAGGAGGGGCGGGACUGGGUGGUGGGCAAGCUGGACUUUGAGCACUCCACCACCGUCUCCUUCUUCGAGACGGUCAUCCGCAUCCUGGGAGGCCUGGCCGCGGCGCACGACCUCAGCGGGGACGCCCAGCUGGGGGAGAAGGCAAAAGACCUGGCCGACCGCCUGCUGCCCGCGUUCGACUCGGCGCCCACGGGCAUCAUCGGCAACACGGUGAGCCUGCCGCGCGUGCAGCCCGACGGCGGCGGCGGCCACACGCUGCUGGCUGAGAUGGGCACCAACGUUCUGGAGUUCUCAACCGUCAGCCGCAUCACGGGAGACCCAAAGUACCGGCAGCAGGCUGAGAAGGGCCUGAGGUCGCUGCACGGAGCCAACCAAAACGCGCUACUGCUGGAGAGCGUGGAUCGGCAGUCUGCGCGUGAGAGCGGGUGGGUGCGUGGCGUGGGCGCCGGUACCGACUCGUACUACGAGUACCUCAUAAAGUACUGGGUGCUGGGGGGGCGCCAGGACGAGCACUGGCGGCGGCGCUGGGAGGCGAGCGUGGACGAGGCUCUGGAGAAGCUGGUGGUGACGCCGCCGGGCUGGCCCUUUAGCUUUGCGGGGGACAUGCGGGGCGAGCAGGUGGACAGCGUGCUGGAGCACCUGCGCUGCUUCUACCCGGGCAGCGUGGCGCUGGGGGUGAUGAGCGGGGCGGUACAGGGGCCCAAGGCGGAGCGGUACCUGCAGUUUGCGGCCAACAUGACGCAGGCCUGCUUCCAGCUGUACAAUACCACGGCCUCGGGGCUAGGCGCUGAGCGCAUCAACUUCGACCUGGCCACUGGCCAGAUUUCCAUAGUCGACGGAAGAUACUGGCAGAGGCCCGAGGUGAUUGAGAGCAUCUUCUACAUGUGGCGCGCCACCAAGGACCCCAAGUGGCGGGACAUGGGCUGGCAGAUGUGGCGAGCGAUAGAGAAGUAUUGCAGAUGGGAGGGAGGCUCCCGCCCUUGCACACCCCCGCCCCCCCCCUUCCCCACACACACGCAGGUGCCGCCCAACUCGGACGACGUGUCCCAGAGCUGGUUCUUUGCGGAGACGCUCAAGUACUUCUUCCUCCUCUUCUCCCCAGACGCCACCCUCUCCCUCUCCGACUGGGUGCUCAACACCGAGGCGCACCCGCUCAAGGUGCAGCACGGCGGCGGCAGCAAGGCCAGCCUGCGCCUGAAUUCGCCAUAG